AUGGACCCGGCCAUGUUGACCGAGAUGGUUCUCGACCUGGAAGACCAGACGUGGCGGGCGCUGAUGCACCGGGGCGUCGACCUCCUCCCGUUCCUCAGCGCCGACUGUGUCAUGUUGUUCCCCAUGGGCUUGAAGGUGUCGGCGACGACCGAGCCUCGCUUGGAAGACGUGCUCAAGUCCGAGGCCUUUGUGCCGUGGAGGAGGUACCGGCUGAGCGAGGUCGAGGUCCGACCUCUGGGUCCCGAGGCGGCCAUCAUCACGUACCGCGUCAAGGCCACGAGGCAGCACAUCACGCCCGACGACGACGACGAGCGGCAGGACGAGUUCCGCGCGUUGAUCUCGAGUACGUGGCACAAGGACCCCGAGGCCGGGAAGUGGGUGAUGUGUGUCCACCAGCAAACUCCCUAUGAGCAUGAGGUCUGA